GUUAUUGCCCUUGGGAAUGGCGAUUCCUCUUCUUCAUCUUCGCCCCGAGAUGGACAUUAUGCGAACUUUUACCCGAGUUUAAGCAUAGCAUGAAAUCAGCAGUGAGAAAGAAAGUGUAACAGUAUGGCCAAGAAGAGCAAGAGGAGAGGUUCUAGCAGCAGCAGCGCCACGACACCGUCACCAUGAUGGUACGGGGACUUCGACGACUCGUCAUCAAGAAAUUUGGAGGGAUGAGGAGGUUUAUGCUGAUUGCUGUAUGUGUGGUAGUCAUUCUGUACUGUGUACAGGCAAUACUGGCUGGAUCAAAUCGGCAAAUAUGGGAUGUUCGGGGCUCAUGGAACCUGUCAGAUUCACGAUGUGGAGUGAAGUGUGAGAACAACCAACUUGCAUUCUAUGUGCGGACUGGAGAUGGCAACAAGGCUGGGCCAACCAUCUGCUUUGAGGGAGAAGUGUUAAUAAGCCCGGAAAUGAAGAACUUUGGCCGGGGUUUGAACAUCAUCUCUAUCAGUGAGAAAACAUUUGAUGUGACAGAUAUUAAAACAUUUGACACCUAUGUGGAAGACUCAGGGUUGAUAAGAUUCCUCAAGAAGAUGCCAGCAGAGACAGUUGUAAUCAUGAGCAGUUACGAUGAAGUCUCCUCAAGCCUGAAGGAAGAUGGGAAAAGAUGGCUAAAAUAUUUUGGGAGUUCUGGAGCUGACAACUUGCAGUUCCGUGAUGGCUUCCUAAUGAUUGGCCAGAAGGGGCUGAAGGAGGGCCAUGCCAUUGAAUAUGUUGUGAAGAGAAAGAACAAUCAAGACUUCUCGGAUGUCAUGGAGAAAGCAGGUUGUUUUUCUCUGCCAAUGGGGCCUAAGCGAGACCUACAGCAGCUGUUGCCACAGGUGAUUCACCAGAAGGAGAUGCAGCUGGGUCCGUCCAUCGCCAACUGUGGGGUGCCGGAGUCCUGCGGACCACACUCCUUCCCUGUCAGCGUCUUCUCGGGGGAGGGAAACAAGAUUCAGCCAGAGAUUUGCAUCAGUGGCCAUCUGAUGAUGACAGAGAAUCUGAACAAUGGAGGCCGUGGGUUUAACGUCAUCGUUGUUGACCCAGACACUGGUGUUCCUAAGAUGAUGUCACGAGUGGACACCUACACGUAUGACAGCACAGACUUGGAGAUACUACUGGAAUCACUGGCAGACAGGGAUAUCAUCAUCUCCCUUGUUGCAGACGACGGCGCUAAGAAACUGGGUUAUAUGGCCAGGGAGUUGCUGAACCAGAUGGGGAGCGGACUCAUACAGAACCUCCGCUUCAGAGAUGUCUGGUACUUUGUAGGACAGAAGGGCAUUGAGGGAUUCACCCAGCUGGAGCAGAUCAGCUAUGCAGGAUUUGAAGGUGAAUGGCCAAGGGCUGUGAAGAAAUCAUUCUGUGUUCCCAGAAAACUUAAAGGUCAGAAGAUUGUCCCGGAUCCUGAUGUUUACCGAAAUGAUGGCAGGAGGGAGUUUUGUAAGAAAUAUGACGGAUACCCAGAGUUCUGUGACCCUACCCAUGUGGAUGAUUUCCUGAAGCCAGUAGGAGUUGUGGACAAAGCACUACAAAACCAUCGCAUCUUCUCCACACCCAUUAUUGUGGUGCCAGGGUUGAACCACAAUGCUCUGGUACGGACUCUGGAGACGACGCUGAUGCAGCCGGGGAUGAAACCAGACAUGGUGGCUGUGAUGUGGGAUGAGAAAUUUCCAGAACAUGGAGAUCUGGCUGAUUUGUUUGGCUUCAGGAAUGCCAGCUUGAAAAGCAGCGUGCAGUAUUACGAGCAAAUGGCCAAAGCUAUGAGAAUGAUAGAUGUGGUCUAUCCUGAUUCUAGUCAUGUGAUCGUGCUGGAGGAAGAGCUGCUGUUGGCUCCCAACUUCCUCCAUUUUAUGUCCCACUUCCUCCCGGUGCUGGACGCUGACGACAGCCUCAUGGGCGUCUCAGCCUGGAACUAUAAUGGUUUUGAGAAGUUGUCAGGAAACAAGAAUCUCAUCUACAGGGUGGAGGAGUUCCCUGGACUUGGAUUUCUUCUGAAAAGCAAACCUUUCCUGAAAAUACUCACGUCAUCCAUACACAAGUGUUGUAAAGACAGAGCAUGGGCGGGCUGGCGGCUGAGCGUGGACUACAAUGGAGAGAUCCUCGUCCCAGACAUGUCUCGGGUCUUCAGACAGCCUUAUCAAGGAGCAGAUACAAGUAAAGAGCUGAUAACACAGUUGUUUGGAAAACCCAGAACCACACUUCUAGAUGGACCAACACCAUUGACUGGGAUGAGUAACUUGACGAUGGUCUCGUAUGAGCAGCAGCUGAAACACAACAUAGCCAGCAGCGUCAGCUUCCCCAUCACUGACCUUCAACUCUGUGUACAGAAGGUCAAGGACUUUGAUGUGAAAAUCUCCGCAGAUGAAAAGCGCCCUCUGGUGGUAUAUUAUAUGCAGGAUUCCCCCAGCGACUAUUCCUUGUUACGGGAGCUGUGUCGCUGUUUUGGGUUGUUCGCUGCUGAGCACUACAAACCUCGCAACCUACACCGUGGGCUUCUACGGUUCUUCUAUGAAGGCCAUGAUGUCUACUUGGUCGGGUCUGCCACAGAGUACUUCAAACUCAAGCCAGCUCUUGUUUCAAUGAUUUCAAAGAAUCUGCUUCAGAGAUGAUUAGCAGAACAUGUUUGGCACCUCAGGUUUCCACAGAGUUCUUUUAUACACGGUUUUCGAUGUAAGGAUAAUAUUUUUGCCACAACUAAUAUAAACCUUUUGAGAUGUACAGCGUACUUUGAGGAAUAUCAAAUUGUAAGAGAAGCAAAAAUUGAA